AUGUCGAUCAGCCCUCUCAUCUACUUUUGCAGCGCGCCACCACUCCCUUGCAUCUGGGUGGGUUGGGUCGUGACGUUGGUUGGCAUUUUACCUUUUGAUGCCGCCGUGCCAUGUCAUGCUAAUGGGUCUUGUUAUUUAUUGUCUAUGUACUUAGUGAACUAUGCUAUUGAUUCCCCCCCCCCCACCGUCGGAUUCAUCCAUUCAUUCAUUCUGUCAAUCCACGGCAGCCGUUGAUUUGCCCCCGUCAUCUACUCCACACGGCGCAUAGUCGCACUGUAUCGUAUCGUACCGUACGGAGGGUACACGAGCAGGCAAAUUAGGCCCAUGGUUUUUCUUACUGUAGAUGCUACGCCCGCCAAGGGGAAUUCAUUCAUUGACUUUGCAAAACCUUGUUCAUUCCAGCACCCCGGUUCUUUUGCCUUUUUUCUUCUUCUUUCCUUUCUGUUCGUUCCAUUAUCCUCGCCGCAUUGGCUUUGUGGCGGACAUGCCUGCCUGCUCGGUUUUGAGUUGAUUUGAUCGUGGUGCAGUGCGUGCCGUGCGGGCGGGCGGGCGUGCGUGCGUAGAGCUUGAGACCAAACCAAACCAGACCAAAGCAGAGCAGCGAUGCGUGCGUAGGGUACGUACGUACGUAUAAUCAAUGUAAUCAAAGUGUGUGUGCAGAGGGUGGUGUAGUCGCGCUGAUUGCCUGCUUCGAGGUAAAGCCGUGGGUACCAGCAAGCAAGGCGCCCCAUCGCUCCACACCAGGCUUGCAUGCAACUCGGCGUAUAGAUAGCUCCAAGCGGACAAGGAUAAUAGGGCGAAAUCUGACCGGAGUGCCGUCUAUCUCAUUGUCUAGCGUCAGCGGUUCUCUUCCCUGUUGUAACAGUGCAUCUGCAGAUUGCCUCUUCUGUCGCUGCACCCUGGCCCGUUGGCCAUGUACAUUGCCUAAGUUAGGGGGGUUUUGUCUCAUCAGCGAGGCUGCCUGUCGCUGCACCGCACACCCACGCAAAGCAUGCACCCUCGCAACUCCCAUCCCUCUCCAAACCCCAACGAGCCAAAGCAUUUACCGCCCGUCUCAAACGAGACAGCAUGGAAGCCGGCGGACUUGACCACCAUGUCCACGCCGCAGCGGAACCCACCAUCUGCGACAGCGUUGGCGGCUCUCCGUGGCCACCACCAGCAACACUGACAUCUCUACCGCUGCGGGACGACCAAGACGACGACGACAACGAUGAUGAUGAUGUCCCAAUUUCAUCCAGCAGCACCAGCAAUCGCGCCACCGUCGCCUUUUGCCAGCGCUGCCACGGCCGCGUGGGCGAAUUCUUCAAUUCGUGGCACAAGGUCGCUGAAAGAUGCUAUUUACCUACCCUGCUCGGAUCCUACAGCUCCCUGCUCACGCCGCACGGCCGCAGGGAGCCCGCCAUGGACACUGUCUUGAAUGAAUGUACCAUUCAGCCUCUGGCUUGUCCCGGCUGUCAACUAGCACUCGGAUUUCACAUUGUCAGUGCGCCGCUUCGCAAGCGUUCCUUCCGUGACCGCGACUUCUUCUACUUAUCCCACAUCGACCUUCGAUGCAAAGUGGCCCCUAACCAGUACAUCACUGUUCAACCUCACCUGGACACUCUCUCCUUGCCAUCAUCACCUCUUGUUGACUACUCGCCUGUUUCGGCCACUUGUUCCUUGCCAUCAUCCCCAGACAAAGCAACAAUGGAAGUCGACUCGAGGCCAGCUCCCCCAUUGUCGGGUCCACGCCACCAUUACCAUCAACGUCUUGACCAACAUCACCACCACAUUCACCAUCAUCAACCGCCACAGAACCACCACCAGAGUCAGCAUCACCAACCCCAGCAAUUGCAACUGCACCAGAUUGAGUCUCGCAAGUUGUCUCUGCCACAACCUUCCCCUCGUUCCCCUCCUGCGCCAGUGACAUCCAACACCCUCCCCCAACCGUCACCUAGUAGUCAGCCAAUACCACUCCCGUCCCCCGUUGUCGGAGUAAAACCUAUUCAACAUGUCCAGGAGCAUGCGCAGCAACCCCACAAGGAUCCUAAUACGAAUAUGACCAGCCGCAUACGAGAUCCUGCACCAACAGUAGGCUCGCAUGCCAAUUCCCCCACUGAAUCUCGUAACAGUGGCCUAACAUAUCCCCGACCUUCGCAAGAGGUGCAGCUAGAUGCUAUUGAGCGUUUGCAAACCCAGAUCUCCCAGAACAGCAGUGCCUUGGUCGUCCACGGUCGUGACAUGCGUCGCUACGAAGAUACCCUGCAGCAUCAAGAUGAAGGCCUUCGCCGCGAGCUGCAAAGUCAAUAUCAUCAUCAAAAUAGCGAGAUUCGACGUGUCGACGAGGCUGUCGGGAGAUUGCAACUCGAAAUGCGAGGAAUACGUGAAUCCAUGGAAGCUCUCUCGCGUGAUGUGCGACGUGGAGCUACCGCGGGCCAAGCUCCCACUCCAGCCCCAUCAGUGAGCGCCCAGGACUCUGCGCUAGAACUCAUGGCACAGCAAGUCGCCGUCAUCUCACAUCGUACCAACGAGAUUGACACCUUAAAAAUCACCAUCGAGAUUAUGAAGAAUAAGAUACAACGACUUGAAGAUACUGCUGCUGCUACUCCUGUUCCUGCACCCUCGCAGGCUGCGAGCCGACCCUACGCCUCUCCUGCAUCCCAGCCAUCUCACGCACCUGCAGCCUACCAGCCGCCACCGGCACAAGCUAACAAGCCUGUGCUUACAUCUACUGCCAUCCAAAGGCAACCUUCCUACCAAUCACAUCACUCACAUGGCAGUCCGAUGAUGGUGGCUACACCAGAGGCACCUCAAAGAGUCGAGCCUCCACCCUCUCAAGCAUGGGCUUCGGUCAAUGGAGCUACGAAGAGAACUCUCGUGAAUGGCUUUGACAGCCCGCAAGAAUCAACGGCACAGGCUCCCACAUCACCACCAAAACGCCUCAAGCUUGCCCCUAUCGAACCUCGCGGGACCUAUGCUAGUGCUGGCGCUCAGCUUUCUUCAUAUGAAUAUGCGGACAGCGACUCCGACGCAGCAAGAGUUCAGUCUCACUCAUAUGGUCCAGCAUCGCAACCACACCCAUCUCAAUCUGAAACCACAUUGGCCUCUCAACAUCCGCAUGCCACUUUGGCUUCCUACGGCACCCCAGACGCACACUCGGACGAUGGCUGGCGACACAUGGAGAUGCGCACUCCCCGCAGCCGUGGUCGAGGUGGAGGGGGACCAGGGAGUCGUGGCGGUCGUGUUCGCAAAAGUGUAGCACACCUGCAUGGCGUCGGUACUCCUGAAUGGGAGAGAGAAAGCUGGCAGGGUGUCUCUCAGAUUAGUCCAGACGGUUUCUACAUCGUCAACCGACCAACACGAGGCAUUGUCCGACGUGGUAGCGGCGGUGGAGGAUCAUCGCGUGGGGGACGACCUCCAAGUUCCCAUGGACGUACCAUAAGCUUAGGCCUUCAGGGAGUUACUGCUGGUGUAGGUAUCGGGCUACCCGCAGAUCCCUAUGCACACACUAAGAAAACAAGGAGUAAGCCGGUGCGAAACGCAGACGGCAUUCUCAUUCGCAAGGAUGGUCGACCUGACAUGCGCUCGCAAUCAUCGGCCGCCAACCUGCGAAAGGUUCACGCACGCAAGGAGGAUGGAAGCCCCGGACCCGAAGGCACCACUACCCCGUCCAAUCUCCAGCACGCUUCGAGCGCUGAUGCUGAAACACCGAGCCCUCGGAGGUACGCCGGUCAAGACAUGAGCGAUAGCAUGGAAAAGAGACACAGUCACGUUUUACACAAGAUGUUUCCCGACGGGAUUGAGAAGUCGAGACAGGAGCAUGAUUAUGCACGGAAAGUGUUUGAUGAGGAUCAAGACCAUACUGUCCACCCCCGGGCACAAAAUCACUUACACAAGAGCCAGCAUCCCGAGGAGGCAGACGCGCACUAUACUGCCAUCAAGAACGAGCAGAUCAGCAGAGUAGGUGUGGAGGACAAUGAAGAUGUUGAUAUGGAUCGCCCCGAGGAUCAGGCAGAUGACGAAGGACAGACCCCUGGAGGGCAGAGCGAUAAUUCGGGCAACGACAGCCAGUAUCACGAUCCUGCGAAUGGCGACGAGCAGACACCUCCACAGGCAAAAGAGUCGGUGAAGACCGCCGAGGAAAGUCCAAAAGGGUCUGCGGCCAAUUAA